AUGGUCCUCGACUGGAGUGCCCUAGCCCCAGGUCCAGCUGGAACUGCUAUGCUAGGCGAGAGAGGGAUCGAAGGCGCUGCCCGACGCGGACGCGAGCGUAUACGCCGCGAGCAAGCAGAGCAAAGAGAAGUUGAAAAGAAACUCCAGAAUGGUGAUAAUAUGGCGUCGGAAGCUACAUCGAUACCGACAAAUCAAUCAAAAGAGCUCAGGUCCAAACCUGAGAGGCCUAAGGAGGCCGGCGAUUCCCCGCCCAAGUCUUCAAUGGGUUCCGAUGCGGAUACUUUGACAAGGCAGAGUGAUGGGCGGAGGCAACGAGGGGGUAUUAGGGGGAAGCUGAGCCAGUUUAAGAAACAGUUGACGGGAUGA